UGACGUUACUAGGUGUUCUCCCCAGCCCUAAAAUUACACUGACGCUCACCGAGAACGCAUCGUUCCUUUAGUCCGCGCGGCCUCGUCUCCGACCUAGACGUCGCCGUUACGCUCGCGUCGUCAGGCCGAUGCGGGUGCGCCGCUAUAUCACCAGACCAUUCGCCUCAACAACGAAGCGUAGCGGAUUCGGAGAGAUUCUCCGACGUUGUUUUCAGUCUCCUUCCUCCCUGUCCGUGCUCUUUCUUUACACUGAGCAUUAAACCUGCUUCGUGGUGAGAAGCAGGCUUCAACCAUUUCUUUCUGCUGAAAAUGGCGACCUUUGCUAAGCCAGAGAAUGCUCUAAAACGGGCAGAGGAGUUCAUUAAUGUUGGACAAAAGCAAGCUGCCUUACAAGCACUGCAUGAUCUAAUUACUUCAAAAAGAUACAGAGCAUGGCAGAAGGCCCUAGAGAGAAUUAUGUUCAAAUAUGUAGAACUCUGUGUGGACAUGAGGAAAGGCCGAUUUGCCAAGGAUGGUCUUAUCCAAUAUCGAAUUAUAUGUCAACAAGUAAAUAUAAGUUCACUAGAGGAAGUGAUAAAACACUUCAUGCAGCUUUCAACAGAGAGAGCAGAGAAGGUUAGGACUCAGGCACAAGCCUUGGAAGAUGCCUUGGACGUGGAAGAUCUUGAAGCUGAUAAGAGACCUGAGGAUUUAAUGCUAAGCUAUGUCAGUGGGGAGAAGGGUAAGGAUAGAUCAGAUAGGGAGCUUGUGACUCCAUGGUUCAAAUUCUUGUGGGAAACCUACAGAACAGUGCUUGAGAUUUUGCGCAACAAUUCCAAGUUGGAAUCGCUGUAUGCUAUGACAGCACAUCGGGCUUUCCAAUUCUGUAAAAAAUACAAGCGGACCACGGAAUUUCGUAGGCUUUGUGAGAUUAUACGGAAUCAUCUUGCUAAUUUAAACAAGUAUAGGGACCAAAGAGAUCGGCCAGAUCUGACGGCUCCAGAGAGUUUGCAGCUUUAUUUGGACACUAGGAUUGAGCAACUGAAGGUAUCAACUGAUCUGGAGAUGUGGCAGGAAGCAUUCCGCUCAGUUGAAGAUAUCCAUGGUUUGAUGAGUAUGGUGAAGAAGAGUCCGAAGCCAUCAUUAAUGGUGGUAUACUAUGCAAAAUUAACAGAUAUUUUUUGGGUCUCAAAUAGUCAUCUUUAUCAUGCAUAUGCAUGGUUGAAGCUUUUCACUUUGCAGAAAAGCUAUAAUAAGAACUUAUCACAGAAGGAUCUGCAGUUGAUAGCAUCAUCUGUUUUAUUGGCUACCAUUUCAGUAACCCCAUAUGACCAGAAGUAUAGGGCAUCCCAUUUGGAGCUUGAAAAUGAAAAAGAACGCAAUAUGAGAAUUGCUGGCCUUAUCAAUUUUACUCUUGAUACUAAUACGGAGAGUAGAGAAGUGCUUUCACGUGGAUCAUUGCUUGCAGAGUUGAACAACAAAGGUUUAAUAGCUUGUGUUUCUCAAGAAGUGAAGGAUAUCUACCAUCUUUUGGAAAAUGAGUUCCUUCCUUUAGACCUUGCUUCAAGGGUCCAGCCUUUACUUGCUAAGAUUUCAAAGCUUGGGGGUAAACUAGCAUCAGCCUCAUCAGUUCCAGAAGUGCAACUCUCAAAAUACAUUCCUUGUCUUGAAAAGCUGACCGCUUUAAGAGUGCUUCAACAGACUUCUCAGGUAUAUCAGUCCAUAAAAAUUGAGUCUUUGUUGAAGAUGAUACCAUUUUAUGACUUCUCUCUAGUUGAGAAGAUAUGUGUUGAUUCAAUCAAAUACAAUUUUCUAGCUAUGAAAGUUGAUCAUCUGAAGGGCGCCUUCCAUUUUGGUAAUGUGGACAUUGAAUCUGAGAAGCUCUCUGACCAUCUUUGCAUUCUUUCUGUUUCUCUUAAUAAAGCGUGGCAUAUGAUCUCACCACCUGUAAACAAAGAGUAUAAAUUGGGUAUAAAAUAUAAUCUUGUGGAAAUAAUUGACAAGGAACAUAAGCGGCUUCUUGCUAGGAAAUCCAUCAUCGAGAAACGCAAAGAAGAGCAUGAACGCCAGAUGCUAGAAAGGGAGCGAGAAGAAGAAUCCAAGAGAUUAAAACUUCAGAAGGUAACUGAGGAGGCUGAACAGAAGCGUCUAGCUGAAGAAUAUCAUCGAAGGGAGGUGUUGCGUAUUCACCAUGAAAUAGAGGAGAGAGAGCUUCAAGAAGCUCAAGCAUUGCUUCUUGAAGCGCAAAAGGGUACCAAAAAGAAAGGAAAGAAACCUCUGCUUGAAGGGGAGAAGGUCACGAAGCAGACAUUGAUUGAGAUGGCUUUAAGUGAGCAAUUGAAGGAAAGACAAGAGUCGGAGAAGAAGUUGGUGAGACUUGCCAAAACGAUGGAUUACAUGGAACGGGCAAAGAGAGAAGAAGAGACCCAACUCAUUGAGCAAGCCUUCAAACAUCGCUUGGCGGAGGAGGAAAUUCUUCAUGAACGUGAACAACUGAAAGAGAUAGAACUCAGCAGGAAGCACCAUGCUGGUGAUCUCCAAGAGAAGAAUAGGCUUGCCAGAAUGUUGGAUCACAAGCACAUAUUUCAACAAAGAAUAGUUAGCCAUCGUGAAGCAGAGCAUAACCGACUGAAGACAGAAAGAGAAGAUAAAAUUAAGCAGAUUGUAACAAUGCGGAAGCAUGAACGGGCGAUGAAGAGAAAACUUCUCUAUUAUCUGAAGUCUGAAGAAGAGCGUUUGACAAGGGAACGGGAAGCCGAGGAAACUAGAAAGCGUGAAGAAGAAGAGACGCGCAAGAAAGAAGAGGCUGAGCGGAAAGCAAAGUUGGAUGCAAUUGCUGAGAAGCAGAGACAGCGAGAAAGAGAAUUAGAAGAGAAGGAACAACUGAGAAGAGAAUCACUUCUUAGAAAACAAGAGCCUCUGCCUCGGCCAACUGACCCUGCUCCUGGUCCUCUAUCUUCUGAGUCUCUUCCUGCUUCACCUGCUGCUGGUAAGUAUGUGCCAAGGUUUCUCCGUGAGAGAAGCGAGGGACAAAAGACAGCGCCGACUCUUGCUCCUGAGCCUGAUAGGUGGUCGAGGCAGGAUGAUCGCCCUCCCCAAUCUGGCAAUGAUCGAUGGCGAAGCGAUGACCGUCGACCAUCCUUUGGUGCUCCAAGGGCAUCUUCAUCUUCCUGGUCAAGGACGCGCAACUAAAGUUGCUGACGCAUUCACAUCAGCGACGCAGUAUGCUGAUCUGUUUUUCGACUGACGGUGAGUGACUGGCUAUACAGAAAUUUGCACAGGACUUAUUGCAUCCGGUGAAUUGUUUCUGUUUCGUUCCAUUUCAGUAUUUACUUGAAUAAUUUAAAUGCAUAUCAUACAUGUUCAGUCGUUCGACAAUGAGACAGCUCUUUUGGCUGCCUUCGUGCGUUACAGCUAUUUAAACAUUUGUCAUUGACCGGACUGUUGAUGCGUGUCCUCUAAAGCUCAAUUAUUAUGUGCUUCA